CAGUUGCUCAGUGGUCGUUCUUCGUUUCUUUUUUCGUGUGGCUUAAUGCUCAUUUGAGGUUUUGGUAUCAUUUAAAAUUUUCACCUCAUCAGCAAAACUUUUUCGUAAGCGGUGUUUUUGGAUCAACAUAUAAGUCUGUGCUGCUAUUGAUUAUCAUUUAGUUAAAUGUUGGUAGCCAACGGGCCGGGGCCUUCAACCCAAUCGGAAAUGCAUUUUUUUAUUGUAUCGUGCCUUUUAGGUGUUGCUGCGGCAACUCAGCAGGGAUACAACAACCAGAGAUUUCCAGAGCAGGGACUUCCGCAACAAGCACUUCUGGCCCCAGAAGUGCAGCAUUACUCGUCUGGAAGUCAGCUGACUCAGCUUGGCGGGAAUGUGGGACACCAUUCUCAGCCGCAGCAGCAGCUUAUCUCAAAAGACAUCUAUGUACAUGUGCCACCCGCAGAUGAGCCGGAAAUAGGUUAUCCUCAGUCUGUCCUUCCGCCCGCGCCCCCUCGCAAGCAUUACCGCAUUGUGUUCAUUAAGACUCCGACUCCCAGUGCCACUAAGACGGCUCUGCGCAUUAAGGAGGCUCCUGUGGAGGAGAAGACCAUUAUCUACGUGCUAACGAAGAAGACUGACCCACUGGACUUACAGACUGCCAUUGAGAAAAUAGCGCCCAAGCAGAUCAGUAAGCCAGAGGUCUUCUUUAUUAAGUACAAGACUCAGGAGGAAGCUGAGCAUGCGCAACGCACCAUUCAAGCUCAAUAUGACCAGCUUGGAGGCACCUCACAGGUCUCCGAUGAGGGAAUUGCUCCUGUUACGUCUGUGAUAGGUGUCUUAGACAACCACCGCACGAGUGGGGUUUCUACCGGAAAAUUUUCGGUCUCCUUGGCUAACAACUACUUGCCCUCCAAUUUGAAUACUUAGAUAAAAAACGAUGACUAAGAACGAAAGGUCGUAUUUUUUACAUAACUACUUUUGUAAAUAUUUAGUUAAAUAAAGUUGAUCAUUUGGCAACCGUCCCAAUGACUAAAAAGAAUAA